AUGGCUUGCUGGAAAUUGUCUGAUAACGAAAAUAUGGAUCCAGGUCGUGUUUUCGAUCUUCUAGACGAAAUACCGAGCGAUAAUGAAUCUCUUGUAGAAGAUCUAGACGAGGUUAUGAAUGAUGAAUUGCCGACGCCUGAUGCUUCCAAUAAUGGUGAAGUUUUUGACAUCGAAAAUAUGGACAUAAUUAUCGAGGAUAAUGACAUGAUUUCCAAUAACGACUUACACUGGGACAGCGAUGAUGAUAUCCCACUCGCCAGACGACCUGAUAUAUUCCUGCCAGAUUACUGGUCUGACGAUGUUUCCAACAUUAUGAAACCAAGUGCUUUCGCAGAAGCAACUGGUCCGGAUUUGCCUGAUGAUAUUGAGACAACGACAAACGUAUUCUUGCAUUUGUUUCCAGAAGAUUUGAUCACCCACAUUACAUUCCAAACCAACCUAUACGCAUUUCAGAGACAUGGUGAAGGAAGAAAUUUCAAACCAACAACUGCAAAGGAGAUUAAAAUCUUUUUGGGAGUUAAUCUCCUUAUGGGUUUGAAAAAACCACCAAGCUUCAAAGAUUACUGGUCUUCUCAGGAAGAAAUGAGAGAUCCUUUUAUUAGUUCCGUUAUUAGUAGAGAUAGAUUUGCUUGGUUGCUGAGUAAUAUUCACCUUAAUGAUAACGCAGUUCAACCACAAAAAGGUGAACAAAACUACGACAAGCUAUAUAAGGUAAGACCUCUACUCUCUAAGCUUCAAGAAACAUUUAUGUCGUCCAUGAAGCCUAGCGAGUUUCAAUCCGUGGACGAGAGCAUGAUAAGAUUCAAAGGGCGUAGUAGCUUCCGCCAAUACAUGCCAAUGAAACCUAUCAAACGAGGCUACAAAGUUUGGGUUCGAGCUGAUUCAACAGGAUACAUGUGCGAAUUCCAAAUUUACACUGGCAAGGCUGAUCAAGUAACAGAAAAAAAUUUGGGCCAUAGAGUUGUUAUGGAUCUCACUCGAAAAUUGGUAGAUAAAAAUCACAAGGUGUUUUUCGAUAAUUAUUUUAAUUCUGUCCAACUUCAGCGAAAGUUACAAUCUGAUAAAAUACAUUCUUGUGGAACUAUUCGAAAAGGGCGUAAACACUUCCCCGAACUCAAAACAGACAAAGCCAUGAAACGUGGAGAGGCUGAUUGGCGUGUUUCAAACGAUGGAAUAGCUGCCCUCAAAUGGAUGGACCGCCGAAGUGUCCUACUUCUAGGGAACUACCAUGAUCCCUCAAUUAUGGAGACUACUUCCAGAAAAAAGAAAAAUGGUUGUGCGGAAGAGAUACCGUGUCCAAGGAUGAUUCGGGAUUAUAAUACUCAUAUGGGGUAUGUUGACCGUUUUGACAUGAUGAAGAGCCAUUAUGAAGUUGACAGAAAGGCUCAUAAAUGGUGGCAUCGGAUUAUUUUUUACUUCCUUGAUGCCACCAUAGUUAAUGCCUUUAUUCUCUUCCAACAAAGAUGUGAUUGCAAAACCCUUACACUAAAACAAUUUAGAAUGUCUGUGUUGCGAGGACUUAUAGGUAUUGUUGAACCUGCUAAGUCCGGAAGACCUUCUUUAGAACGACCUCCAAGUAACUUCAAAAAGGUUGUUCCAUACGAAAACGAUUUGGAAAUGUACGACCUGUCAAGUGGGGCUAUGCCUAAAUAA